AUGGUUUUUUCGAAAGAAUUAGGUUAUGAUCCCGACGAAUGGGAGGAAUGUUCAGAUUCGGAGCAAUUCAUGCUGUUUGGUUUUACUACCAGAAUGUUCCUUUCCCUUACUUCUGUUAUCCUCACAGUUCUCUUUUUUUGGUUUCUUGAAGCUCGAAAACAGAUUGACAAAUUCCAUGAAGCGGAAAAUCUUUCACCAAAGAAGAAUAUGGCUAAUGAAGAAAUGGAUAAGCCGGAAACCGUGAAGGAAAAAAUGGGAAAAUUAAGGCAAGCCGAAGCAAAUUUUAGCAAGGAGGAAACGGAAGCACUGAAAGAAUGGCAACGUGAAGUGGCACGGAUGGAGGAAUUACGGUUACAGGAUCUUGUUGAACAUGUAAUAGAUGCAUCGGGUACGAUGUCCGAAAUUGAAACAGAAUCCCAACUCAUUGAUCGUUUCUUACCCGCUGACUGCAUAUCAAUGGAAACAAAUAGCGCCGAAAUGGAACAGUUUCAGCAGCUUCGAAGGACAUUAGACCAAACGCCUUCAGCGAUAGCAACAAAUAAAUUUGCUAAUGAAGUCGCAGUUCAUUCGGCACCGCACACAGAAGAUGUUGUUGCCAAUAUACAGGAUGCGGCAAACACUAUUGUGACAGGUAGCGAACGAGGAAAUGGGAGUGGUAGCAGUACAAAUGGUUGGGAGGCUCCCGCUCAAUCGGAAUUUUUUGUCGAACGAGUUCAAGAAUUUAUUUAUAAACCGAGCAAUACUGAAGUGACUAAUGUAUUGGUGCAGGAUAUUCCAACAUCGAUCGAAAACGAUGACGAUUUCGUCAAAGUUUAUAAGGAUGAGCUACAAAAAAAUGAUAGUGGAAUGUUGCUAGAGCAGAUCGCUGAAGCGAAUAGACAAACAAGUGGCACAUUAAAAUUAGCUCUUCCUGAUACUGCUAUUCAGAAAACACUAGAGCAAAAACAAAAAGCAGUGAUAACUGAGUUAUCACCUGAUCAGUUAUCUGUUGUAGUGAUUGCAGCAGAUUACAACUCUCAAGAAAAUCAACAGCAAUUUAUUCUAACAACACCAACAGAAUUGGUUGAAACCGAAAGGACAUGUGCAGCAACCGAUAGCAACAAGAUGAACAUAGAUGGAAAGCUACCGGCCCCCGUCACAACUUCGAUCACAGAACGUCAACCACUUACAGAAGAAGAGUGUAGACGGUUAGUAGAGGCGGAAAUGUACAUACAAGAUGCCAUCGAAUAUGUAGCUAGUGAGAUUCGUCCCGAAGUACCCAGUGGCUUCAUAGUUGAAGAGGAAAUGUUAAACAAUACUGGUGGAAAUGGUAGUGUUAUCGGUGCUCCUACUGUACAACAGCUACCUGCUUCUGCGGAAGCCACGAGUCAGAUGUUCAGGACUAAUGAAGUAGAAGAACCGGUAGAAAUUGAUGAUGCGAUGACAUAUGCUCCCGAGAUACAGUCCAUUGAAAUCCCACCCGAUGAAGCAAGUGUUAAUAGUGAAAAUUUAUUGGAUUAUUUCGAUCAAGUUGCUGCAGAAUGCACUGAUUUCUCAAUACCACAACCAACGAGAGCUGCUGGAAAUGUACCACUCACAAAACCGGUAGAAACAUCGCAAUCAGCAUCUUUACUAAGAAGCUCAAGGAGUUUUACAUCAAGCGGAAGUCAACCACCACGGAUGAGGAAAAGAAGUUCAUUGUUAAGUGUACUGGGUGUAACAAGUAUGCAAGAAAUGCUGCUAGCUCUAACAUCACUUGAAGACCUGUCAAAUGCUAUGCGUAAAGCUGGUCUACAAUCCACAAAUUUGAUUUUUGGUAUUGACUAUACGGCUAGCAAUAAGUACCAAGGUGAACGGUGCUUUCAAGGCCGAUCUUUGCAUUCCAUAGAUGCUUUUAAAGAAAAUCCUUAUCAACAGGUAAUUAAAAUCAUGGGACGGAUACUAGCACCGUUUGCCACAUCUGGUUUUAUACCAGCUUAUGGUUUUGGAGAUGUGAAAACUAGUGAUUGGUCGGUGUUCAAGCUGAAACCUGAAGGCGAAUGCAAAGACCUCGAUGAAUUGCUGCAGGUAUAUGAUACAGUCACUCCAACAAUAAGUUUAAGUGGUCCAACAAAUUUCGCUCCGCUGAUUUAUGAAGCCAUAGAGAUAUGCGAAAAAGUCCAAAAUUAUCAUAUAUUAGUGAUAGUAGCAGAUGGACAAGUGACGAACGAAAAGGCGACUCGGAAAGCAAUUGUACGAGCAUGUCAAUACCCACUGUCAAUUAUCGUUGUUGGUGUUGGUGAUGGACCUUGGGAUAUGAUGAAGGUAUUUGAUGAAUCUUUACCCAGAAGGCCUUGGGAUAACUUUCACUUUGUUGAAUUUCAUGAAGUGAUGCAAAAAGCUGAUAGUAUCGAUUCGGGUGAACUUUCAUUCGCAGUACAAUCGCUGUUGGAAAUACCGGACCAGUAUAACAUAGUCCGUCAACUGGGAUUACUACGAUCGGUGUCACCAAUACCCGAAUAUAGCCCAUAG